CAACCGAGGGACUAUGGGGAAGGGUUCGAAUUCCGAAAGAUUUAAAUCGCGGGAGGACGAGACACCGCAGCCCAGUAGGUAGGAGGGUCCUCCCUUCCCACCGACGUCGGGGGGCAGGCACGGAGCGGCCUGGGAGCCCGCGCGCCUUCUGUUCUGCGGCUAGGAUCUGCGGUGACAGUGGGUGCCGACGAUUGUUGUUGAUCAUCUGUCAGUGCCCCCGGACUCGGGCAGCGGCAGCCUGCGCGGGGCACGCAAGGAGGGUGGCUCAGAUGGGACGUCGGGGUUGUACCUUCCUACCUGCGGGAUCCAGACGGGUUGGGCACUCCCCGAAAGCCGCGCGGCGCCGCCCCCUCAGUCGGCGCUGCCCCCGAUCCCUCCCUUCCGUGUGUCACCUGAAGGGAGGAGGGAUGGGCUCUUACCUAACCAGAGAGGUAAUUCAGCGAAGUUUGACUCAUAAAGAAGAAGAGGCAGAAGAGGGAUAGUUUUCCAGGCAUCCAAGCCAAACUGGACUUAGAAAAGAAGCCUAGUGGGAUUUCAGAACCUCGCCAAGCACCUCUGACUCUCAAGUUCAAAGGCAUUCUCCGCCUCCUGUGACUAUAACGAGAGGACGCAUUUUAUUCCCCAGUGAGAUCCUGGGAGAAGUAACAAACAUAUAAAUGUACAGUAAAGAUCUCCUAAUAUGAGACUCUUUUCAAGUAUAUGGUAGUUUGGCUUCGGUUUGUGUUGAUAGUAAGAGUGGGGAGGUGCAUGGCAAAAACUUGCUCCUGACUCAUGAACUUGUUUUUAUCAGUUUACUUUCUUACUUCCCCAAACCCUCAAGAGGAAGUCCUCUGAUGAACACUGACAUUAAAAUUUUAACCAUCAUAGCUAAUUUGGAUCAUAAGCAGCUGAACGGGCGUAACUGUGGUCUUGGCAAAUUCAGAAACAUAGGUCCCGUGUGAGAAUAAUUUACUAAAAUUAUCAUCAAGCUAUGCAGAGAAUCUCCAGGAGGAAUAUUAAUUCAAGAGUUUCUGACAUAGAGUUGAACUCUGUGGAUGCUGAAAAGGAAAAAAAAGGGAAUCAAAAUAACUUUGUUGAACUGCUUCCUCCAGAAGUUACCUUUAAAAUUUUCAGUCAGCUGGACGUUUGGAGUUUGUGCAGAGCUUCAGUGACAUGCAGGAGCUGGAAUUACACAAUAAGAAACAGUGAUUCCUUAUGGAAACCUCAUUGCUUGGCUCUAAGAGCUGUGUGCCAAAGAGAAAUAGAUGAUGAUGUGGAAAGUGGUUAUUGCUGGAAGGUAAUACUACUGAGAAAUUACCAGAAGAGUAAAGUGAAACAUGAGUGGCUAAGUGGUAGAUACAGCAACCUAUGUUCUUCUAUUAGCCUACCAGAAAAAAUCAUGUACCCAAUGGAUGCAGAUACUUGGGGAGAAAUUCUAGAAGCAGAAUUGGAAAGAUAAGCAGGAAAAUCACAAACAAACCUCAUAACUUUGAGAAUUUAAAACUAAAAUGACUCUUGGUUACAAAAUGUGUAUCUUUACCCAUUCAAUUUUUUGUUCACCUUUUUAAUAUUUAACUUUUAAAAGAAGACAAGUAGAAAACACUAUAAAAGUAAAGUUUUGUAUUUUACACUUUAGUAAAAAAUAUUUUUCUGUUUUUAUUAUAAAUUGAUAAAAUGAAAUGUUAUUUAUAUAAGAAAUACUAUAAUGAUAAAGUGAUUUUGUAUAUUGUUUCAUUCAUUUGUGUUAGUAUAUUGUAGUACUUUAAUGAUAAGAGAACUUGGUUGGUAUUAUUUUCUGCGCAAUAGUAAUUUAACAAUUCAGGAAACCAUUUGAAGAAACUUAGAUUCAUUAAGUAGUAGACAUAACUAGGCUCAUGGGAAGAAUACCUAAAUGAAAUGAAUAACAAUAUGUUUAAAUGUAUAAUACAUUUAUAUUUCAAUAACUCUAAAAUUUCCAUUUCACUAGAAUCAGAUUAACAUUGAAACCAUUUUAAAAUGUGUUAAAUUUGUGGUUUAGUUUAAAAUUAGUCGACCAGAGGGCUAAAACUUGUGAAAGUAAGAUUCCUAUUACUUGCCUAAAGACCUGGAAUUGCUCUGAGGGUCUUAAAAAAUUUGGAAAAUUUCCAGAACACUUAACUGCUAUCAGAAUUUCACACUAUUUUUCUUGGUAAAAUUUUCUUUCUGAAAGACUUACAGCAUCAUCUAGUGGACCACUUGUGGAUAACCAGAACAUAGGACUGAGCUCCUUUGCGUUUUCUCCACAUUUGAAAGAAAGAAAAGCAUUUUCGUAUAUACCUGCUUUGUUAAAGGUGAUAGCUUUCCAGGAACUUUUAACUUUAGUUUUUGUUCUCUUUCUCUUAAAAGUAGACAGUAUAGUACUCACUAUACCAGAUUCUGAAUCUGUGGGGCAGCACCACAGUAAAAAGUGUCUACCAAACAUUUUAGUUAGUUUGGGGGCUUCUUCUUAAAUUGUGCUGUAUAACACAAAAAGUAAGAAUCCAGGAAACCAGUAUUUAACAAAUAGGCAAAUAGCAGAAAAAUGCAGUCUAUACAAAUUCCAUUUGUUGGGAAGCAAGCAAUGAUUGGUUGCCUCCUAAUAAUUUCUUAGAGUUGGAAGGAACUUUGACAAUCAGGCAAUGUAGCCUCUAGGACUAUUCAGCAAUCCCUUCUAUAGAAAUGUUCUUCCUCUAACCCACCUUUAUUCUUUUCCUGGCAAACACUUGUAAACUCUUCAUCUUGAUUCGGAAACCAACCCUAAAUUCUACCAUUCCAGAGUAAGUGGCCCUCUUAAGUUUCCCUUAGUUCUUUGUACAUACCAUUCUCAAGGCUGUCACACUAUAUUAAAUUGUUUGUUUUGUCUGUCUCGUAGUUUGUACUGUGAGCUUCUUAAUGUCAGGGACCAUUUAUUUAUUUUUGUGUUCACAAAAUCUGGAACUUCGUAGGUAUUUCAUAAAGAUUUGUUAAAUUAUUUUUAUAUUAUUUAUUUUAAUCCAAACUAGAAUGUAUAAUAAAAAUAACUUACUAUAUUGUUAGUAGACAAGAUUGGAUUGAAAUGCAGUGUAUAACCCAUAAGAUAUACGGAAUUCUUGAUAUUAAUGCUAAUACAUGAACAAUUGUUCUACUCUUCUCAAAAGCUGCAAGAAAAAUAGGAAAGUAGAAAUUGGGGGGUGGAGUUGGAUAAAUACUUGAAAAUAAACUUGAUCUGAGAGUAUCAUUUAUUAUUUUUAAUUAUUGGUCCACCCCAAUCCAGUUUUAAGUAUUAUUUUUCAAUGUACAUGAAUAAUCUUUGCUUUUUUUUUUUAGUACCAUAGCCUUAAAAUAAUUCUUUGUAGAGUAAGUUUUAAGCUAUGAUCAUAGUUCACACUGAAAGGAAAACUUGUAAACUCUAUGGUAAAUUUUAUGGUGUGGGCUUAGAAUGAACUGUACAUUUAUCAGACCAAGCCAUUAGCACCUGAGAACAUGAGUGGGUGGGGCAGAAUGGAAGGAUGGCAUGGUUUUAGUCACAGAUAAAUAAGAUAACAUGUUAUGUAUACAAAGUUUGAAAAAAGAGGUAAGAUUAUUGGGGUAAAGUACUAAGAAUUUUCCAGUGUUGCUUAAUAUUUAGUCAGUUCAAGAUGUAGUUUUUGUUCUUCGUUUUGUUUUUUUUUAGGAACCUUUCGUUAGUUGCUCCUGGUUUAUAACACCAUUUUAGAUCAGGAUAUAAUUGUCAAUAAAAUCUGUAUGAACAUAAACUUUAGACUUUUGAGUACACAAAUGUAUAUACAACUAAUUUGAAAAUUAUACCCCUAACCACUCUAAUUUCAUCUUUGCUUUGACUUUACCUAAUAUCUUCUCUACUAAACCUCAAAUGCCCUAAUAAUAUUAACAAAAACAAGGUGACAUUAUGGGUUGGGAAAAAUAAUGAAUAAGAUGGAAGGUCUUACAUUUUUAUUUAGAGUUGACAACCAAAACAAUCAAACAGAAGAAAUUAGACCAAUAGUGAACGAAGUUGAUUAAUUAUAAUAGCCGACAUUCAUUGAAUGCUUACUCUGCAGCAAGCAGUGUGCAAAUGUAGGGGGUACUAUUACUCUAUAUCCAUUUUAUGAAUGAGGAAACUGCAAAUUAGAGAAUGAUUUUAUCCAUCUAGUUCAUCACCAUCCUAAGCACCUGUAGGAGUAUGUAAUAGAUGGUAGGCUCAAUAA